AGAAGCGUCAAUGUGUUUAGUACUAUUAGCUCUUACCGGCGCUUUAUGGAAUCUUCCAUUCGUCAAAGGUGAAACAUGCAAUACACAUCUCAAUAGUAAGUACUGUUAACUUCUUCUAAAUGUCCUGGUUAAAGAUCAUGUUUAUGCGAAUGUUUUUCUUGCAUGCACAUUAAAAGAAUGCGUGUAUGUGGAGAAACUGUAAAAUGGCUAACAAACAAACAGCUCUCAGUCAGAGGAUUCAGAGAAUGUAGGUAUCUUCAUCAAAAUGUUUAGCAUGUGUAGAUAAGAAAGGACGUAGAUAAACUCUUGACUGAUCCAGCGUUUAAAUGCACGACGUUUCACCUUCGGCCUUUUCAGGUGGAACAUAAAUGUUAAAAAUUAAUAUUAAAAAGCUGCAUUAACACUCUUGAUCAGUCAAGAGUUUGUGAACUACACUUACUAAGUUUAUAAGAUGGAUUUAUUAAUGAUCUUUCUCAUCGUUGGAUAGGCUGUAAAGAGAUUGUAUAUUAUUGAUUUUGUUUUAUUAUCAUUUAAUCUCUCCAACUCAGUCAGACCCGUUGUGGAUAUAUCUUCAAGUCCAGAAAACAACAGAUUACCCACUGGUGUCUCUAUUACCCUGACUUGUACAGCGGAGCCCAGAACAAUAGAUAGAGGAUAUCACGAUAGAUGGGUUGAUUAUGUCGAGUGGUACGAUCCUCAGAAUAAGGAAACUGGAGUUAAGUGCCUGCAGCCUUCAAACAGACGUGCACACAAACGUAAAUUAAGCUGCCCAUUAGUUCUUAAAAAUCUGACAGUUGAUAAAUUUGGCCGCUACACCUGCCAAGCUGGCAAUAAUUACAGAAACCACUGUACAAGGAAAUCAUUUGAAAUAGUGAUUCAAGGUAAGCAAACCAAGAUUAUCAUACCCUAAAUAAACAAUUAUUCCGCUCCGCGCUUGUUGGAUAUGCGAUGGUAGUGGAAUAGUUGUUGAAUCAAAAACUCUCUUGAACAUAUGUACAUAAAUCCUGCCAACUUUAUUUUGUAAGAACAAACGGACUAUUACAACGUACAAAAAUGCUUCCGGUGUAACUCGUCUCCGCGCGCGCACACGGUAUAUUGACCCAUAACCUAUAAUGGCUAAGUCAUGAAAACUUUUGAAGUGCAUUAUCCAAAGAUCCAGUUUUUGAUAAUGCGAAGAUGUAUGCCGAAGAUGUUUCAUUCAGGAAUAAGGAUUCUCAAAUAAUCAGCUCCUAAGAAACUCCUGGAAUGUAUGGACAGGAAAGUCCAAUACAUAAUUCAUUGCAAAAAGAAAAUUCCGCUGUGUGGCCAUUGGCACAUUAACAAGACUCGAAAUGCAGUGUUCAAAGAACGAAAUUGUUCACUCAGAUAACGAUUAAAUUUGAAUCAGGAGCAAUUCCAUCGACCUGUCCUGAUAGAUAUCUUAUUACUUGAUACAGUAGAACCUGUAUUAAGCGGCCACUCACUAGGAAUGGUGGUGUGACCGCUUAAUGUAAGUUGUCCUCUUAACAGUUUCCACAGAUAGGGGUAUUAUAGCAAAAAACAAACAAACAAACAAACAAACUAACAAACAAAAUAACAAAACAAAACAAAAAAAAUCCUAAAAUCAAAACAUACACAGCGCCACUAACGCCGCUGUUAUAAUUGACCACUUUAUGUACAGAAUCUCGUUCAAAAACGCUAUUUACUUCGAUUUUGGGAGAGAAGCAUGGAUAAAAAAUUAUUUGAAGGGUUAUCCUUAAUUUUAAUCGGGUAGUUCGGCUAUAAGUGGCCGUUCAAAACAGGUGGAAGGUGGACUGCGACCGCUACGUAGAGGCAACCGCUUAAUACAGGUAAAAAUUACAAUGAUUAAGAGGAGACAAAUUGGGACUUUCGCAACUGACAAACACUAAUGCAACCGACUGCUUAAUACAGAGGUGGUCGCUGAAUACGGUGCCGGCGAUGCUGAAGCAAAAAAAAAAAAACCUACAUAUUCUUCAAAAGAUGAGAAAAGAAUUAUUUUGUGAAACAAAAAAAAAGUAAUGAUAAUUAUUAGAAUGAAAAUAGGAGGCUCACACUCCGGCAAGGGCGGGUUGGCCUGAAAUAGUUCUUUCUUAGUACCUGCAUAUACAACUCAUCUUCUUCUGUGGCACAAUGAUAAUGAAAAUAUCUUCUUCUUCUGCCAACAUUUGUUUAUUGAAUAAGCUUCCAACUAGAUUAUAUCAGUAAUAAGAGGGGAUAUUUAUUGCAAUGCACUUUUUCCCUACAGGUCCUGCGCCAGAGUUAGUUGGAGUUCCUCGGAACCAAAGCACUGAUAUAGGAGCCAAUGUUACUUUCAAAUGCACCGCCACAGGUCUUCCUAAACCAAACAUCUCAUGGAUCAAAAACAAUGAUUCAUUUGCCUUACAAUCCAACCCAAGGAUGACAUUCAUUGACAAUCCACAUUCGCUAAAAAACCACAAAACCAUGCAAAGCCAGCUGUUUAUUACAGGAGUGAAGAAAGAAGAUUUUGGCAAAUAUCGAUGUGAGGCCAAAAACAGUGGUGGUAAAAAUUUGUCGUUACCAGCUUUCUUAACCCCGAAAGUUUCAGGUUAGACAUGAAUAUGCAUUAGUGUUUGUUUUCCUUAUUAUCUCAAAGUUGAAAACCCACGAAGUCUUCCACUUGCGUGCCAACUCAGUCUCCCAAUUGAAAUUUCCCCGACACCAAAUAAGCGAGAUAGGCUCGGUUUUUGGAUGAUUGCUUCUUGAUGUACAUUUCCGUAGAUUGUAAAAAACUUUCUAUGUCACCAGAGUGUCAAGAGAUAAUUUUAAAGUUGUCAUUUCAGUUUCACCCGGCCCCUGUACCUUCUUAUCUUCUUAUCACCAAGACUCCCCUUUAAGUUUAAUUCUCUUCAAACCGGGUCUUUCAAGCGGCAAAAAAGCCUUAGGCCCCGACAUCUCAUAGAAAGAUCACAAAUGAGACAAUUCAUACCGUCUCAUUCAUUCAUAUCAAUUCUUUCUGUGUCAAUUUACAGAUGCCCAGAAACCUGAGAUCGUUGAAGGUCCAAAGAACCAAAGUGUUCAGAUCGGUUCCAAUGCUACCUUAAGUUGCACUGCUAGGGGUCUCCCAAGGCCAACAAUCCACUGGGUAAAGGACAAUGCUUCAUAUCCUUUACAGUCUAACCCCAGAGCACGUGUAAUUCCAGACGGGCGAACGAAUCGCAGCCAGCUUUUUAUAAUGAGAGUAGAGAUGGAAGACUAUGGAAAAUAUCAAUGCAUUGCAAAUAAUAGCAUUGGAAGAAGCCAAUCAGGAGUGGCUGUCCUUAAAAAAGGUAAGAUUUUUUUUUUAAUGGAAGGGAAAAAAACAGGGUAAGAGGGGUCCUUCUUGACUACAAGCGCUGUUGCUAAGAACAACCUGUUUGUUACUACAUUUUUUUAUCAUUCAUCCACAGCAACUCCUACUCCCACCUCCAUGAACGGAAAGCCAGAAAAUUCAGCAUCAAAGACAACUAUAGUCGCUGUAUCGUGCACUUUGGUAGCUGCAAUUAUUUGUGUAGUCACUGGGUUUGUGUGGAAUCGGCGUAAAAAUCGUGAUAAAGAGGUACAUACUACGUUACGUGACAUCUCCACGGCGGAUGAUGAUCUCCUAUGAGCGCAAUGGAAAGGAAAAUAGUUCGUAAUAAUGAUAAUAAU